GUCAUAGGAAAGAGAUUAAAGGAUCCCCCUCAGUGAACUCCGCAUUCACUUCUCAAGAUCCUCAUUUGAUGUCAACCUGAACUUGUUGGCAGCUAAUAUCAUCGGAAUGGUUAAGGUUUUUAUGCAGAUGUUCCACAAAUGAGAAGACGCAAAAGAUGGAGUUGCACAUUUUAGAACAUAGCUUGAAAGUAGCCAGUAUAGCUAAGGAAGGCAUCCAGAUUUGCACCCACGGAUUAAUCAAACUCGCCUUCCUGCCCUCUAAAACAAGGUGUAAAUUUUUUAGUCUUACAGAAACCCCAGAGGAUUACACCAUAAUCGUUGAUGAAGAUGGCUUUAAAGAGCUGCCACAGUCGGAGUACCUUAGUGUUGCAGAGGCUACGUGGUUGGCUCUCAAUGUGGUGUCUGGAGGUGGCAGUGCCACCAGUUCUCAGCCAAUUGGAGUGACUAAAAUUGCCAAGUCUGUGAUAGCACCUUUGGCCGACCACAACAUCUCUGUGUUCAUGUUGUCUACCUACCAAACGGACUUCAUCCUGGUUCGAGAACGAGAUUUACCCAUGGUCAUGCACACGUUGUCCUCUGAGUUCACUCUUCUGCGGGUUGUGAAUGGAGAAACGGUAGCCGCCAACAGCACUGGGGUCACAAACGGUUUCGUCAAGCCAAAACUUGUCCCACGGCCCAUCAUUCACCCCCUGUCCAGCCCUAGUAACAUGUUUUGUGUGACGAGCCUGGACCCUGACACGCUGCCCUCCGUGGCUACCCUGCUCAUGGACGUCAUGUUUUACUCCGGCGGGGUGAAAGACUCAGGAGCAUCUGGGGACGAUUCUGGACACAUCCGAUUCUUCUCCUUUUCCCUUAUAGAAGGCUACAUCUCUCUCGUAAUGGAUGAACAGACUACUCGAAGGUUUCCCAACAAUGUCCUUUUUACCAGUGCUUCAGGAGAGCUUUGGAAAAUGGUCCGCAUCGGAGGUCAACCUUUAGGAUUUGAUGAAUGUGGUAUAGUUGCACAGAUAUCUGAACCUUUGGCAACAGCCGACAUUCCAGCCUACUACAUUAGUACUUUCAAGUUUGACCAUGCCCUUGUCCCAGAAGAGAACAUCCAGAGUGUGAUCGGAGCCUUGAGGACCAAUGAAAGUGCAGGACACUGAAGGUCAUGCGAACGGAUGACAGUACCAUGUCCUUGCUAGCAUUGAUUUGUCAUUAUCUCAAACUCUUAAAAGUGCCAAGAGCUUACCAUUGGUCUGCUGUGGGUGGGUCGCGGGGUGGGGGGUUUAGAGCAACCUUGGGAGGGCGUCUUUUUUUGUUGUUGCUGUUGUUGUUGUUGUUGUUGUUGUUGUCGUGGUCGGGCAAUGGUGGGUAUAGCGGGUUUGGCUGUAGUUCCGCAAUCAGCAGUAACGGCUCCCACACACAGUUGCGUGCGUUGCAGUGCUGGAGACGCAUCCCGUUCACUUUACAUGGGCUGACGUUAUCCGUUGCCCAACUGAAUUGUGGGUCCGUUGUGUCUCGUUGCUCCCGUCGUUCGCGUUGAGAAGUUCAGCUGUUGCUGCACCGACGGACGGCACCAGCCAAUCAAAUUACGAACAAGAGAACAACAGACGCACCAGCCAAUCAAAUUAGUUAUACCUUAAGUCAUUUGCAUAGCUACCAUCGGGAACACCCACUGGCGUGCGUUGACGGAACGCAACUGUGUGCGGGAGCCGUUAGCCCUCCCCUGUUCCGCUUACAGUUACUGUGCCAAUAUCCACUCCGCUGCUUCCCUCCCGCAGCCAUCCCACUGCCUGCCUAAACACUAUCCACUUCAGUACGGACCCCCAAGCUAGCGUGACUGCAGUGUGUGUUCCCGCGCGCUCUCAUGUUCGAUACUCUCCUGCCCCACCCAUCAUCACAUGCCACUUUACCUUGCUAAUCAGUCCUGCUGAGAGGCAGACUUGUAUAUUUUUUAUAUAUACAUAUAUAUAUAUAUAUCUUUUUUUUUUUUUUUUCUCCUUUGACACACACCUACUCCCAAGACACUGCAAAGAACCCCCCCCUUCCAGGGUGUCCGUGGGCCCCUGACUGCCUUUGCCUUUAGUCUUCCUUUAGUCUGGAUCAUUUCCAUCACUGUGUUCUUCACCACUGCUCCUCCCUUCCCCUCUGUAACCACAAUGUAUUAGUAAUUGGUCCUCCACAUGGAUGGAUGGGCACAGAAUGUACUGAGAUUUCUUUUUUUCCCUUCUUUGUCUUUUAAUUUGAUUCUCUCAGUGCCAAGACACUUUAGACCUAAACAGACACCUUGUCUAAAGCCCAACAUUUCUUGAGUGCAAUUGAAGGCAAUGCUUUUGGGUUGCUCACAGUGACAUGAGAGCUUGCGUAGCUCAGAAACCUGGUAUGUGUGUUGUCACCAUGAGUAAAAUAAGCUUCUGUUGUUAUGUUCACACGGCGUGAUCAUUUGUGUGGGAAGGUGAGGCUCUGUCUUGGGCCAGGGGAGGUGAGGCCGCAGGCCUGAGCUUCACACUUCCUUGCCAAUUAGCAAUGCUGAGAUUUAACUUUUUGUAUUCAGGUACAAUCAAUUUCUGUCUGCAUUGCUUUUUAUUUUUUUUGAGUGGGAGAAUUAUUUUAACAUGGCUUACUUUUAGUGCUUUUUGACUGGUGUUAGAAUGAUGAAGCUUUUUUAUUUAACUAAUUUUCUGUUCUAUUCAUUACUUACAUAAAGAGUGCAAUUUACUGUACAAACUGGUUUACUCACCUUCUUAGUUUUUAGGAAAAAUGUGCCACACUAUGUUUCGCCUCUUGCCAGUCCUUACCACAACUGUUGAACUUUGAAAGCUAGUGACACUAGCAAAGAGGAGUGGAGGUGUUGACUGAUUGUUUGUUGAAUGUUAGUCUCAGUCAUGUGUCAUGGACACUGGCGUUAGUUUAGGCCUUCAAGCCCCACUGGUCUGCACUUUAUUGAAAGGUCUGUCUGAGAGACCUUACUGUUCUGAUGUAAAAAAAAAAAAAUGGGGGAAAUUGCCCUUGAAGGAAUCUCAAGAAGGUGUUACGUCUGUUGGUCUUAAGCAUAGCGGGGUUUUGUUUUACACAGGCUUUCCUCUUCUGUUAGCUUGGAUUAGCAGAAACCAUGUAUUUGUUAGUAUUUAUCAAUGUUAACUUUGAAAAGGGUGACAUUUCUGACAAUUAAAAUUCUGGAAAAAAAAAUCA